UAAGUUAGAAAGCGGGGUCGCCGACGCCUUAAACAAAGGAAAUCGUGGUCCAGACGCAGAACAUGAAUGAACCAACAGCUCGGUGGCGGAGGCGAGUGGUUGUUGGGUGACGCCGACGGUGCUUUCAAUUCGAACACUCUGGAUUUUAUUAUCUAUCUAUCUAUCUAUAUACAUACAUAAACUUGUAUGUGUGUAUGUUUGGAUUCAGAUUUUACACUUGAAAUUCUUGGAAAACUCUGCGAUUGAGAUUUCAAUUCUUCCAUGGCGACGGAGCCGGAGUCCGUCAUGGCGGCGCCGCCCUCACCGACUGAGUUCACUGGCUCAGAAAGCUCAGUCUUCCACACGAUUUUGGCGCUCAUCAUUUGGCUCGGCGCCAUCCACUUCAACGUCGUCGUCGUCCUUGCUUCCUUCCUCUUCCUCCCCCUUCCCAAAUUCUUCAUGGCAAUGGGGUUGCUUGUGAUUUUUAUGGUGAUUCCGAUGGACGAUAAAAGCAAAUGGGGCAGGAAAUUAGCGAGGUAUAUCUGCAAGCAUGCUUGUGGUUAUUUUCCUAUGACUCUUCAUGUGGAAGAUAUUCAAGCCUUCGAUCCUAAUCAGUCCUACGUUUUCGGCUAUGAGCCACAUUCAGUUUUGCCCAUCGGUGUCGUUGCACUUGCUGACCUCACAGGUUUUAUGUGUCUUCCAAAAGCUAAGGUCCUCGCGAGUAGUGCUGUGUUCUAUACGCCAUUCCUCAGGCACAUAUGGACAUGGCUGGGACUUUCGCCUGCAUCAAGGAAAAACUUUAUCUCCCUCUUGGCAGCUGGCUAUAGCUGCAUCAUAGUGCCAGGCGGAGUGCAAGAGAUAAUUCACAUGGAACGUGGUUCUGAGGUUGCCUUCCUCAAGUCAAGAAGAGGAUUUGUACGCAUAGCUAUGGAGAUGGGCCGACCCUUGGUUCCAGUUUUUUGCUUUGGUCAGUCAAACGUUUAUAGUUGGUGGAAGCCUGAUGGGAAACUAUACGUGCAAUUUGCUAGAGCAAUUAAAUUCACCCCAAUUAUCUUCUGGGGAAUCUUUGGGUCUCCCCUACCCUAUCACCGUCCAAUGCAUGUGGUGGUUGGUAGACCAAUUGAAGUUAAGAAAAAUCCACAGCCCACCAUGGAAGAGGUGAGUGAAGUACACGGUCAGUUUGUUGAAGCAUUUAAAGAUCUCUUUGAAAGGCACAAAGCAAGGGUUGGUCAUGCAGAUCUUCAAUUGAGAAUUCUUUGAUCAGAAUUGAAUUGCAUACCUGCAAAACCCUCUCUUCUGUUUACCAUAGAUUACUAUGUUUAUUUGAUUCAGUUAAUUUAUCUAGGAAAUAAAAUGUAUCAAUUUCUAAUAAUCAAUUAUAUGUGGCUGCUCUGACUAUAGUACAUAUUAUGCACAAGGUUUACGUUGAGCAUCAAAUUGAGCAUUAUAACACAUCCUUUGCCAAGUAACCGUAAGUGCAUAAAGAGGGGCAAGGAGGAGGUAACUGAAUGGUUAUAUGAUUUCACUUAUUAGACCACUUUGUUUAAUGAGGUGUGAUAGUUUUAAACUUUUGUUGUGUUUGGAUUUUAGAUGUGUUUGGAUUUUAGAUGUGGAGAGAGAAGAAAAGGAAACCCUAUCCCAAGCAACGUGCCACGAGCUGCGAGUUUGACUACGAGAAUCUUGCACAUGAUCACUGCGUUGCAUAGUAGGUGUGCUAUGGGGCUUGUAGGUGCACUAGUGGCAUUGCUGCAAAUAUGAGUGAUUUUUUGUAGUUGACUGAAAUAUCAGCCUUGAAGGCAUGUGAGUAUUUUUCCAAAUUAAUAUAAUUUCCUAGAGGUUGUGUGGAGUCAUGCCAAACAAAAAUUCAAAUUGAGAAAUGUUUGGAAUU